AUGGUUCAAGCACUCGAGGAAGAACAAAAAAUCUACAGAUCUCGACUGUUUCAUUUUAAAGGAAUAUAUGAAAAUGAAGCAAGGCAAUCACAAACUUCAAUCCGCGAGGGUGAUAACGAUAUGGAUCUGAUGAAAGAAAAGUUUGCAAAGUUGCUUCUUGGUGAGGACAUGUCUGGAGGAGGAAAAGGUGUUUCAUCAGCUUUGGCCUUAUCAAAUGCCAUUACAAAUCUAGCAGCUUCUGUAUUUGGCGAACAACGGCAACUAGAGCCCAUGCCAGCAGAUAGGAAAGCAAGGUGGAGAAAAGAAAUCAAUUGGCUUAUAUCAGUCACAGAUCACAUCGUUGAAUUUGUUCCUUCUAAGCAAAUAUCCAAAGAUGGAAUAAAUAUGGAGGUAAUGGUAACAAGGCAGCGAACUGAUCUUCAUAUGAACAUCCCUGCCCUACGCAAGCUUGAUGCAAUGCUUAUUGAGUGCCUAGACAACUUUAAAGAACAAGACGAAUUCUGUUACAUGUCUAGAGAUGCUGAUGAAUCACAAAAAGAAAAGAACAAAAGGAAAGAUGACAAAUGGUGGCUACCCUCUCCUGAAGUUCCUUCAAACGGUUUAUCUGAUGUUAUGAGGAAAUGGCUGCAGUUUCAGAAGGAUUCAGUAAACCAAGUCCUUAAAGCAGCAAUGGCUAUAAAUGCUCAAGUCCUCUCCGAAAUGAGGAUCCCUGAAAACUACAUCGAGUCUCUUCCCAAGAAUGGAAGGGAGAGCCUUGGUGACUCAAUCUACAAAAGUAUCACAGUUGAAUACUUUGAUCCAGACCAUUUUCUUUCAACAAUGGACUUAUCAUCAGAGCACAAAAUCCUUGACCUCAAGAAUAAAAUUGAAGCAUCCAUAAUGAUCUGGAGGAGGAAGAUGAGUGCUAAAGAUGGAAAAUCUGCUUGGGGUGUGAGUAUAGAGAAGAGAGGACUCUUUGAAGAGAGAGCAGAGACCAUCCUAUACAUUCUUAAGCAGCAAUUCCCAGGAAUUCCACAAUCUACAUUAGACAUUAGCAAAAUCCAAUACAACCAAGAUGUUGGACAGGCUGUUCUGGAGAGCUAUUCAAGAAUAUUAGAAAGCUUGGCCUUCACAGUUAUGUCACGAAUAGAAGAUGUUCUCCUUGCAGAUUUUCUGACAAUAAAUCCAUCGAGCGGAGAACAGUGGUCCCCUUUGAAAGAGUCCCCACCAGUCACAGGGUUACUGAAGCUUCCUAGCACCAAAGAAGAAUUAGAGAAGCUGACCUCAAUAGAGGCACCCAAUUCAAUGACAUUGUUGGAUUUCAUGGGUUGGACUUUGGAUCAAGGAGAGAAUGAUGCGAAGCAGGAUUUAAAGGAUGACAAAUCCAAAGAUGCCAAUACAAAGAACCUCGUCAAACCGCCUAACAUUGUGACCAACAAGAGAGUUUCCUAUAUAGAAAGACUUGAGAACUUAGGUGGUUUAAGAAGUCCAACAGCACGCCACUAA